CAAACGAUCGAAGUGAACACUUCCCGUGCUGGGAAAGGCCGUGAGUUUGACAGAUAGUUUUUGCCACCAAACAUCCUAGAACAUCAACGCGGCGUAAUGUUUCGAUCGCUUAAAUUCGCCGGCGCAAAACUAUCGAACGCUGGCGAACACCUCAAGCGUGGCGUCCUGAGCCUGGUGUGGCCCGAGACGUCCCCGUCGGUCCGAAACAAGGGCGUUUUCACCCUUUCGUUUCUCGCCAAACAGUCCAUCCCGCGCCCGUUCACCAUCCGGUUGGCCAAGGCCCAGGACGAUCCGCACAUAAUGCACUUCAUCCGGGAGCAUUUCUACUGCCAGGAACCGCUGCUCAAAAGCCUCAAGGUCACCAAAUCGAUGGCGAACCCUUGCCUGGAGUCCCGCCUCUGCGACCACCUCAAGGACGGGUUCACGAUGAUUGCGGUCGAAAACAAGGACAACCGGAUCGUGGGUGUGGCGGUGAACCAGCGGAACUGCGUCUGGGACGGGGACCUGCUAAAGCACAAGGCGGACAGCGUCAAGUGUGACUCGCUGCGGAAGCUGUUCUACAUCUGGUCGAUCGUGUCCACCGAGCCAAAGCUGCACGAAAAGUACAACACCGAUUGCAUCUUUGAGAUCGCAAUCCUGGCGACGGCACGCGAGGCCCAAGGCCAGGGCAUCGGAUAUCAAUUAACGGUCCACUCGCUCAACCUGGCACGUGAUUUGGGCUUCGAGGUGGCUCGGAUGGACUGCACCAGCGAGUACAGCUCCCGAUUAGCGCAACGGGCCGGCAUGGAGUGCAUCUGGUCGGUGCCGUACAAACAUCUGGUGGACAACGCUAAAAAGCCGGUGGUCAAACCGGAAGUGCCCCACACCCACAUCCGGGUGCACGCGACCCAGCUCAAGCCGACGGCGACAACGACGACGACCAGCAAGGGAUUGGCCUGAACGAAACUCGCUCCAACCCCCACUUUGAGGACCUCAACCAUUUUGGCUCAGUGUGAGUGUGUGUGUGUGUGUUUAUGGUGGUGCGUGUGUGUCCUGUUUGCAUUUAUUGAAUAAAUUGUAUUAAUUGAA